AUGACCAUCGUGGAGAAGCUGCUGCGAUCCUGCCCUGACAUUGGCACUAUCUACGUGCUGGUGAGACCCAAGCGUGGACUGGACCCCCAAGAGAGGUUGGAAGACUAUGUGUCCAAUGUGCUGUUCUCGAAGGUUCGAGGAGAGCGACCCGACUACGCGCGCCACAUGUCUGUGAUCGCUGGCGAUGUCAGCUCACCGGACUUCCGACUGUCAGAGCACGACAUGGCGGCCAUGCGGCGUGAGGUCAGCGUCGUCUUCCACUGCGCCGCCAACGUCCGCUUCGACGACAGCCUGCACCAGGCCGUCACCACCAACGUGGUGGGCACCAAUUGCAUGCUGCAGCUGGCCGAGCUGCUGCCCAACCUGCAGGUAUUCCUGUUGCUGGGGAACCUGCCAAACACGUACGCCUUUACGAAGAACCUGACAGAGAAGCUGGUGGCGACAUACUGCGACCGGCUCCACAUCGUCAUUGCCAGCCCGUCCAUUGGUGAGUGGGAGCCUGGAUCACUUUGUGACUGA